UUUUUUUUAUUAAUGAAAAACUCGUUCCCUCUCUCCCUCUCUGCUGCUCUCUCUGUCUUUCUAACUUCUUCCAUACAGGGAGAGCCAUACCUCAUGACCUCAUCCUCCAUGAAAGACGAACCCGGAUUUCCAUAAUUACAUGACUGCAACGUCUUGCGUCCAUAUAUGCCAGAAAACAAAAAAAUCCCGUCCGUAUUUUGUUCAUUUUUUGGCCGGUGACUUCGGGUUACGUGAGAUCUUGGUUGAAUUGGGUUCUUUUGCAGGACAGUUUGCACCAAAGCUAUGUAUGAUUAACUUGCCAAGAGAGAAAAAGCUGUUGUUCUUAAACCAAUCCAAGGAGCUGAACUUACAGAGCAAAGAGAAAAGGCUUAUGGAGUAUUCAUGGGAUAUAUUCUGUGGGGAGUCUGGUUGUUCAGACAGUGUUGGAAGGCCCUGCAGUUUUAAUUUUCAGUUGCUGAGUCAUUCCUCGUCGUGCAUUAAUCACAUAUUCAUAAUUUGUUUAGAUGUCUUGCUAUUGGUCAUGCUUUUAUUGAAUAUGCUUCAGAAGUCGCCAUUGAAAACAGUUCACAUUCGAGCUCGAUUUGAAGGCUUCUCAAAUUUGCAGAUAGUUUCUUCAAUUGUCAAUGGCUGUCUUGGAUUUGGGUACUCUUGCUUGGGAAUUUGGAUUUUAGAGGAGAAGUUGAGGAAAACCAGGACUGCUUUUCCUCUUGAUUGGUGGAUACUAAUAAUGGUACAGGGGAUCACAUGGCUGUUGGUGAGUUUAACCGUGAGCCUUUGGGGAUAUAAGUUUCCCAGAGGACCAUUGCGGCUACUGUCCAUUCUUGCCUUUUUGUUUGCUGGAAUUGUUUGCUCUUUAUCUCUGUCUGGUGCCAUUUUAAACAAAGAAGUAUCCAUUAAGGUAGUUUUGGAUAUUCUGUCUUUUCCAGGAGCCAUAUCGUUGCUGUUCUGUACUUUUAAGGGGUAUAAAUAUGAAACAAGUGAUGAGAGCAUCAAUGAAAGUACCCUGUAUAUGCCUUUAAAUGGUGAAACCAAUGGUAUUAGUAAAAGCGACGCUGUUGGCUCCGUUACUCUGUUUGCCGAAGCCGGAUUAUUCAGUAGAAUUUCAUUCUGGUGGUUGAAUCCAUUAAAAAAGGGCAGGGAGAAAACACUUGAGGAUGAAGAUAUUCCCAACUUGCGCGAGGCUGAUCGAGCUGAAAGUUGCUAUUUGGUGUUCUUGGAGCAACUGAACAAACAGAAGCAAAAAGAACCAUCUUCUCAACCAUCAGUCCUGAGGACAAUUAUUGUUUGCCAUUGGAAAGAGAUACUAAUGUCUGGAUUCUUUGCUUUGCUAAAGAUUAUCACUCUGUCCAUGGGUCCUCUACUUUUGAAUGCAUUCAUUUUGGUUGCUGAGGGGAAAGAAAGUUUUAAAUAUGAAGGUUAUGUAUUGGCCAUAACGCUUUUCUUUUCCAAGAGCAUAGAAUCCAUAUCACAAAGGCAGUGGUACUUCCGAAGCAGACUUAUUGGCCUAAAAGUGAGGUCUUUGCUCACAGCUUCCAUUUACAAGAAACAACUGAGGUUAUCAAACGCUGCAAGGCUAGUGCAUUCAGGAGGGGAGAUAAUGAACUAUGUUACUGUGGAUGCUUAUAGGAUUGGCGAGUUCCCAUUUUGGUUCCAUCAAACUUGGACAACAAGCCUCCAGCUCUGUAUUGCUUUAGUAAUUCUAUUUCGUGCAGUGGGGCUAGCAACAAUCGCAGCUUUGGUGGUGAUAAUCCUCACUGUGCUUUGCAAUGCUCCACUUGCAAAGUUGCAGCAUCAGUUUCAAAGUAAGCUUAUGGUUGCACAAGAUGAGAGACUGAAGGCUAGUACUGAGGCUCUUGUCAACAUGAAGGUGUUGAAAUUAUAUGCAUGGGAAACCCAUUUCAAGAGAGUAAUUGAAAAUUUGAGGAAGGAAGAGUACAAAUGGUUAUCAGCGGUGCAAAUGCGAAAAGCAUAUAAUGGCUUUCUUUUUUGGACAUCCCCUGUUUUAGUCUCUGCUGCAACCUUUGGCGCAUGUUAUUUCCUCAAAGUUCCUCUACAUGCAAAUAAUGUUUUCACUUUUGUAGCAACUUUACGCCUUGUUCAGGAUCCCAUUAGAUCUAUCCCUGAUGUUAUUGGAGUAGUCAUUCAAGCAAAGGUUGCAUUUUCACGCAUCUUAAAAUUCCUUGAGGCGCCGGAGCUGCAGAGUGCAAAUGUUCGGAUGAAGACCAACAUGGAGACAGUAAACCAUACCAUCCUUAUAAAUUCGGCCAAUUUCUCAUGGGAAGAAAAUUUACCAAAGCCCACACUUAGAAACAUAAAUCUAGAGAUCGGACCUGGAGAAAAGGUGGCUAUAUGUGGAGAAGUUGGCUCAGGAAAAUCAACCCUUCUGGCAGCAAUUCUUGGCGAGGUUCCAAAUAUUCAGGGAACCAUUCAAGUUUAUGAGAUUGCCUAUGUUUCCCAAACGGCAUGGAUCCAGACAGGGACGAUACAGGAGAACAUUUUGUUUGGGUCUGACAUGGACAGCCAAAAGUACAAAGAAACGCUUGAAAGGUGUUCACUGGUAAAGGACCUCGAGUUGCUUCCAUAUGGCGAUCUCACCGAGAUAGGGGAGAGAGGAGUUAAUCUCAGUGGUGGACAAAAGCAGCGAAUUCAACUUGCUCGUGCCCUUUAUCAGAAUGCUGAUAUAUAUCUUUUGGAUGAUCCAUUCAGUGCUGUUGAUGCCCAGACUGCUUCAAGCUUAUUCAAUGGAUAUGUUAUGGAAGCACUCUCAAGGAAGACAGUUUUACUUGUAACCCAUCAAGUUGAUUUCCUGCCUGCGUUUCAUUCUGUUUUGUUGAUGUCAGAUGGGGAAGUCCUACAAGCAGCUCCUUAUCAUGAUUUAUUGGCCUCAAGCCAAGAAUUUCAGGAGCUUGUCAAUGCACACAAAGAGACUGCUGGUUCUGAUAGGCUUGCGGAUGUUUCUGCUGCCCUGGAACGAGGAACAUCUGCCAAAGAUAUCAGGAAGACUUACAUAGAGAAGGAAUUUAAAGGAUCUAAAGGUGAUCAAUUGAUUAAGCAAGAAGAAAGAGAAAUAGGAGACACAGGAUUUAGACCUUAUGUACAAUAUCUCAAUCAGAACAAGGGGUUCUUGUACUUCUCCUUGGCUAGUCUCAGUCACAUUCUAUUUGUGAUUAGUCAGAUAUCACAGAACUCUUGGAUGGCUGCUAAUGUGGAAAAUCCCAAUGUCAGCACAUUGCGGUUGAUCAUGGUUUACUUGCUGAUUGGAUUUUCCGCAACACUAGUCUUGUUAUGCCGAUCGAUUUCCACAGUUGUUUUGGGUCUUCAAUCGUCAAAAUCUUUAUUUUCACAGCUUCUCAACUCCCUUUUUCGUGCACCCAUGUCUUUUUAUGACUCCACGCCUCUGGGAAGGAUACUUAGUCGGGUCUCAUCUGAUCUGAGUAUUGUUGAUCUUGAUGUUCCUUUCAGCUUUAUAUUUGCUGUUGGGGCAACCACUAAUACUUACGCUAAUCUUGGAGUACUGGCUGUUGUUACAUGGCAAGUCCUUUUUGUCUCCAUACCAAUGGUUUAUUUGGCAAUUCGCUUGCAGCGAUAUUAUUUUUCCUCUGCAAAAGAGCUGAUGCGUAUCAAUGGCACAACCAAGUCCUUGGUAGCAAAUCAUCUAGCGGAGUCUGUAGCAGGAGCCAUGACUAUAAGAGCUUUUGAGGAGGAAGAUCGGUUUUUUGCAAAAAAUCUUGACCUAAUAGACACAAACGCUAGUCCUUUCUUCCAUAGUUUUGCUGCAAAUGAGUGGCUGAUCCAAAGAUUAGAAACAAUUAGUGCAAUUGUUCUUGCAUCUGCUGCACUGUGCAUGGUUUUGCUUCCUCCUGGAACUUUUAGCUCUGGGUUUAUUGGAAUGGCAAUUUCUUAUGGUCUUUCAUUAAACAUGUCUCUUGUCUUCUCAAUACAAAACCAGUGCACUCUUGCAAAUUACAUCAUUUCUGUAGAAAGGGUAAACCAAUACAUGCAUAUACCCAGUGAGGCCCCUGAAGUAAUAGAAGGAAGUCGUCCUCCAACUAAUUGGCCUUCUUUUGGUAAAGUGGAGAUACUUGAUUUGCAGAUAAGAUAUAGACCCAAUACACCUCUUGUUCUUCGUGGAAUCAGUUGCACAUUUGAAGGAGGGCAGAAAAUAGGUAUUGUUGGCAGAACCGGCAGUGGAAAGACUACUCUCAUAGGUGCUCUAUUUCGUCUAGUGGAGCCAGAAGGAGGGAAGAUUAUAGUAGAUGGCAUUGACAUUUCUAUGAUUGGACUGCAUGAUCUGCGGUCGCGUUUUGGAAUCAUUCCUCAAGACCCUACUCUUUUCAAUGGUACUGUGAGAUAUAAUUUGGAUCCCUUGUCUCAACAUUCUGAGAAGGAAAUAUGGGAGGUUCUGGAGAAAUGUCAGCUUCAAGAGGCUGUGAAUGAGAAAAAAAUGGGCUUAGACUCCGUUGUUGUUGAAGAUGGAUCAAAUUGGAGCCAGGGACAACGACAAUUGUUCUGCUUGGGGCGUGCACUUUUGAGGAGAAGUCGGAUAUUAGUGCUUGAUGAGGCAACUGCAUCAAUUGAUAAUGCAACAGACAUGAUUCUGCAGAAGACAAUUCGGACUGAAUUUGCUGAUUGUACAGUGAUUACGGUUGCCCACAGGAUACCAACAGUGAUGGAUUGUGGAAUGGUUCUUUCCAUUAGGGAUGGGAAACUGGUGGAGUUUGAUGAGCCAACGAAACUAAUGAAGAGAGAAGGUUCACUUUUUGGGCAGCUUGUCUCGGAAUACUGGUCUCAUAAUCAGUCAGCAGAAUCGAAUUGAGUCUACCAAUAAUUUCUUAUCCAACGAUUUUUCUUGGGCUUGGUGGCAAUAAGGUGAAGAGUGAAAUGUAUCAUAAUGCAUAUUGCAGAUAUAAAUGGGGACUAGAGAUCAACCAGAAGAUCAGGCAGCGAGCCAACGUUCUAUGUAUCUCUAGCCAUAUUCAAAUGCCACGCUUCCUUUCACUGAAAGGCAAUGAAUUAAUGAGAAACUCAAAAGGAGCUCCCCUUCCAUGAA